GGGAAAAAAAAAAAAAAAAACAAAACAGAGAGAGAACUGAUUCCGACCUAGCUGAAGAGAAUCGCGGGCGGCACCGUGUGUGAAAAAAUGGGUCCUCGAAAGUGUGAAGUCUGCAAUGAAGCCCUUUCUAAGUACAAGUGUCCCUCAUGUCUUGUUCCUUACUGUUCCCUUGUCUGUUUCAAGAAACACAAAGAAAUCCCUUGUGCUAAGCCAGUGUCAUCUGAUGAAAAACCAAGGAUUUCAGGCUUACCUCUGAUGAGCCAAGUAACAGGGGAUCUCUCUCCUGUUCCGGAAUCACUUGUAGAGAGACCAUUGACUGCUGAACAACCCGGGGAUGUGCUGCAAAAGUUGCAACUAGAGGCUAUAGCUUCUUCCAGUGAAAUUCGGGAUGCUUUGAAGGAUGGAAACCUCCAGAAACUCAUCUACAAUAUUGAUGGUUCCCCAGAUGCAGAGAAUGAACUUGAUAAAGCUAUGGGAGUGGAGGUGUUUCGCACAUUCACUGAAAAGAUUCUAUCUGCUGCAAGUGCAAGCAGUCAAUUGUAACGUGAGGAAGAAGUAACAUCUGUUGCAUGAAGUUCAAAAUUUUAUUGAAGCAGCAGUUUGGGAAGUCAACAUCGACUUUGACUUCAAUAGAGCUCUUUCAAUCUGGCUGGCACCUCUAACCUGUCUUGCAUCCUGGUUAAGAAGUACGUUUUAAAUAUAAGUGUUUAAUAUACAAGUAGUCAGUGAAAUAGAGAGCAUAAUCAUGUGUAAAAUAAUUGUGUCUAUUUUUGGCUCUUCAAUGGAAAACCGAACUAUUGAGUUUGGAAAGCAA